CACUAGUGCCUCGUACUAACGUGUGUCAAAAUGAAGUUUGAAGUUUGUAGUCUUAAGUCUUAUACAGUAUACUGUCCUUUAGUAUAAGCUUUCGGACAUUAAGAAUAUCGGAACCGGCAAGGGUGUUAGUGUUAUCAUGCUUAUUGUAUAAAGAUUUAAUUAAUAACAUGAAAAAAAAUUUGGUCUGACUUUUAGAAGUUUGUCAGUGACUAUUAUGUAAAAUAAUAUUGUUAAGCUGUGAUGUAAUAAUAUAUUUUCAAUACACUAAAUCACAAAGACAACAACAUGGAUGUAAAUGAAGAUCUUAUUAAAAAAAUUACCACUAAAGCUUCCAUUCCCAUAGUAUUUAGAAAAUAUAUAAAUGAUUGGCCUUUGUGUCGAUGGGAUCCACAGAAAUGGAGUUCGAUAUUUGGUAACACCAAACUACCUUUUCGAUGUCUGAGAAAAGAUUUUGUUUCGGAUGAACCCUGCUGGGAAAGGCGAUGUCGGGAAAAGAUAAUGACUUUUGAAAGUUUUUUGGAGACUAUUAAUACUAGUAGAGAAUGGAUGUAUUUUGACUACAAAUAUAUUAAUAAGUGGAUAAAGAGUGAUAGUGAACUGUGGAAGGAAAUUUCAUGGAAGCAGUUUGGAUAUCCUGAUAAAGGAGCCCCUGAUACAACAUUAUGGAUUGGCAGUAAGGGUUGUCACACACCAGCUCACCAAGACACUUAUGGAUAUAACAUUGUAGCUCAAGUGUAUGGCCGCAAGAGGUGGAUUCUUUUUCCACCUGAAACUGGUGGUUUGAAGCCUACCCGAGUACCCUAUGAGGAGUCCAGUGUAUAUAGUGAAUUGAAUUUCUAUUGUCCUGUUGAUUUAGAUCGCUUUACCGGUCUAACUGGUGCUAGAGUGGUGGAACUGUCUGAAGGGGAUGCUCUACUUGUACCGAGGGGCUGGUGGCAUUAUGUACAAAACCUUGACCCUUUAAAUAUUAGCCUUAAUAUCUGGUUACCCCAUGAAAAAGACAAUUCGACACAAAUUUCUGAAGCUCUUAUAAAAUUAUUGAUAGCACAGAUAUGUAAGGACCUACCACCGGAAACAUCGAAACUGUUAGUGAAUCCGAACGAGGACGACAUAUCGGACACACCUCUGGCGGUAUUAUUUUUACAGUUGGACACUGUUGUUAAAUCCUAUUUGGAUAAAAAGAGGAAAUCACGUCGAAUGAAAAGACAAAAAACAUGCGAAGAUAACACCCAAGAGACUGAUGUCGAGGAAUUUGAUCUCAAUUCUUUAUUAAAUAAACUUAGUUACCUGGAAGUCGUUCCGGCGGUUAGUUCGAGUGAUCUCAUUGAGUUGAUAAGAAGUAAUAUAAAGGAAUUCGUCGUUAAGGAGAAAACUCCUGAUGAAGAUGAAACAGAGGGCGCCACUAGUAGCCUCUGCUUGACAAAAGCUGUGAUCGACGCAUUCAGCCAAAGCAAUGUCGUUGAUAUGGUGAAGCAAAACCUUUUUGCUAAACUUGGAUAUAACUCAUAGGAAUUAGUAGGUAUUUUGAAAAUGUAGGUUCUUAGAAUAUUAUUAUUUUUUAUAUAUAUUACAGCAACAUAUACAUGUACUGUGUAUAUUUUUGAAAAUUAUAUUUUUUAAGUAUUAAUGGGAUGGAUUCUUAUAGAAUUAUUUCUUAAGCAUUAUUCUGUUAAGGAUUUGACCAGUAUAUUAAGAUUAGAGGAGACUUAGAUGGUGAUUGUAUUUGGAUACAAUUAUUAUAUUAUCUUGGACAAUUGGUGCUUUAUGUUACGAAAUUGCAUAUAAUGUUGCAAGUAAAAAAAAUGUGAUAUUACCAACUUUUGAUUACAAAAUAUUGUACUUAAUGGUAUUAAAAUAUUUAUUUAUAAUACAAAUAAAUAAAUUCACUACUU